UUAAAACUACAAGGGACAAAUUUUAGUUCCUGAAAAAAUUAAUUAUUCAUCUGUCAAAAACCCUAACUUCUGUGAUCCUCUUGUCUACUUUUUGGCCGCGCCUCGGCUCAUCUGGAAAACCCUAAGCGCCCGGCAUUUGCUCUAUUUCUUCGCAGCAGCAAUGGUGUCCGCCAAGAAGACGAAAAAGACACAUGAGAGCAUAAACAAUAGGCUAGCUUUGGUUAUGAAGAGUGGCAAGUACACUCUCGGCUACAAGACCGUUCUCAAAUCCCUACGCAGCUCUAAGGGUAAGCUGAUUAUCAUCUCAAACAAUUGUCCGCCUCUGCGCAAGUCCGAGAUUGAAUACUAUGCCAUGCUUGCGAAAAUUGGAGUUCAUCACUUCAAUGGAAAUAAUGUUGAUCUGGGUACCGCAUGCGGGAAGUACUACCGGGUAUCUUGUCUGAGUAUUGUUGACCCAGGUGAUUCGGAUAUCAUCAAGACACUUCCUGGUGACCAGUGAUUACCCAUUCAGUUUUGCUAUUGUAACCUUGUGGUUUAGUUGGUUGGUUUAUGUACUAGAAUUUAGAUAUUCAGUGGUGUUUGACGUACGAAUACCACCAUAUUUUAGUUGAUGUUGGUCCUGAUCUCUUGAAAUUUUGCAACGUGGUUUGGUAAUUUUCAAGCAAGAUGAAGAUUUUAUGGUC